AUGGCAAAGUGGGGUGAAGGCGAUCCGAGGUGGAUCGUUGAAGAACGAGCUGACGCCACGAACGUUAACAAUUGGCAUUGGUACUUUUUUUUUUUCAUAAAAUAGUUUUGGAGCAGUAAUUAAAUCUAGUUGAAUCCUAUUUAUUUCAACUUUUUAUUCUCAGAAUGAACUCACGUUUUCUUUCCGUGAAAUAUCAAUGAUGAUAAUAAUGUUUCUUUUUCAGGUCGGAGAAAAAUGCAACUCCCUGGUCUCGUGAUAGACUUUCUCAGCUCCUUCAAGGGCUUGUCAUUGAGGUUAUCUUUUUCUACAAUUUUUUCAAUUUAUAAUUGCUAUUCAUUAAGGAUGGUUCAAUUGUGAUCAAAUUGGAUGAAAUAAAAAAGUUGGAGGGUGAAGCCACAGCAAAUAACCGAAAAGCAAAGCUCAUCUUCCUCUAUGAAUGGGUCAUUGAGGUCUCGUACACAGGUAUGAAUGAAAUUAUUUUUCCAUUUGACUAGUUUUUUUCAAGCUAGAGUUACUGGAACGGAUACCGAAUACAAGGGCAAAAUCGAAGUUCCUAACUUGAGCGACGAGAAUUCGGCUUCUGAACUAGAUGUAUACAUCAUCGUUCCCGUUCAUUGUGCAUAUUUCGCGUUUAGGUGUCUUCUACUUUGGAAACUAAAGGACCACACGAAGCCCAGAUUCGCAACGUCCUCAAAAAAAAGGGAACCGAAGUUGUUCAGGUUAAUUUUAAUUUUUCUUUUUACUAAAAUAAGAAAAGCUAAUGAACGUUCAUUAGGGUUUUCGCAUCUUCAUCUUUAACAAAUUUAAUUCUAGGAGGCACUGGGAGCUUACAUUCGCGAACUUAAAGAAGAGUUCAGUAAAGGUCUCAUUCUUCCAACUGACCAAGUAAAGCCACAGGUUGUUGGUACUUUUUAAAAACUUCUAUUUAUCAGAAAGUUUCAGGUUGUUUCGAAAGGAAAAACCACGAUUGUGGAUAAGAGGAGCUUUCAAAACGCUGUUAUAGCGAACCCUAACAGUUCUUCUGAAAAAACAGGUUGGGUUUGUGUGUGUGUUAUUUCUUUAACAAGAACUUUUUUCACAGAAUCGUUUGAUGUCAAAUCGAUCAAUGUCUCCGAUAACUUCAAAGUGAACCCUGAGAGAUUAUUCGAAGUUUUAAGUCAGGAAGAGGUAUCAUGAUGGUUUUUGAAGAGAAAAUUUGAUUUGCGACUUCAGUUUGUGCGUGUUUGGGCAAAUGGUAACAUUCAAUGGGAUUUCAAGCCCGAAGGCAAAUUUGCGCUUUUUGGUGGAAACGUCUCUGGAAGUUUUGUGAAAAUUGUUUGCUCGUUCCCUCUACUCUAUUUUGAUCUUUUUUCUAGGAACCUAAUAAAGAAAUUGUCACGAAAUGGCGACUGAAAGGCUAUCCAGGAAGUCACCACGCUACGAUCCGCUUCUUUUUGAAGGAUACAGUACGUUUUGCAAGCAUCGGGAAUCAUUCCAAAAAUCUUGGAUGUACCCUUAAAUUAAUUAAUUGUUUUUUUAAGAGUUUUUGAAAAAAAUGAGCUAGUUUUUUUCAAGUAUUAACGUUUCGAGUGUUUUAUUAAAAAAAGAAAAAAGCGUAUAAUAUUUAAAAAAAUUUCAAAGCUUCAAAAAAAUUUCGAACAACUUUAGUUUUACUUUUAAAAAAAUUCUAGAAAAAAAUCUAAAAAAAGCUAAUCUAAAAAAAUUUUCAAAUUUUCAAAUCUAUUCUAAUGAUUCUACAGGGCUCUUCAACGGAUCUCAUCAUUGAAGGUUCGGAUGUACCGACGGAUUUGGCCGACGACACCCAGACUGGCCUUAACCGCUUUUAUUUGGCCAGCAUCGCGCGUACUUUCGGUUUCAGUUCUCGUAUGUGUUAG